GUUAUUCAUGCGCAGAGUUGGUACAGCCAGCACCGCACAAAUGGGGAUCGAACUCUCGAGUGUGUUUCGUCCACAGCUUUGUCCGCAUUUAGGGGGAAAUUAACGAAGACUGGAGCGGCGGGCCAGUACCAAGCAAAUGGUAACGCCAUCCGUUUGUUAGAUUUGACGAGGGCAGACAACCGACGGGCUCUACAAGGCGUAAAUCUCCUGUGGAGCCAAGUCGCCUCCAGCCAAUGGCGUGCGCCCGUGGAGAAAGUGAACCAAUCAGCGCUCCCCUAUGAUGAAUAUUCAUGAAUUACUGAUUCAAACCUUUGAGGCGAGUUUGUGUAGAUCCACAGCAUCAUGCUUAGACUUUUCACAGAGACAAACUCCAUUUUCUUAUGAAUGGAAAGUGAAAAAAUCAGAUCAGCUUAAAUUGGGAUCCAUCCUUCACUGAGAUCAUACAAGAAAACAAAAAAGGAAGAGAAGGGACCAGCCAGAAGAGAUGACAAUGACCACGGUGCCAGAAAGUCUAAACAGCCCUGUGUCAGGGAAAGCCGUGUUUAUGGAAUUUGGGCCACCGAGUCAACAAAUGUCGCCUUCAUCCAUGUCUCAUGGACAUUAUUCCAUGCACUGUUUACACUCCGCCGGCCACUCGCAACACGAAAACUCGUACAGCACAGCUUCAUCUUUCCCUAGGUCUCUGGGUGGUUAUCCUUAUGUCAACUCGGUGGGCAGCCAUUCCUCCAGUCCAUAUAUCAGUUCAGUGCAGUCCUACCAAAGCAGCUCGACUCUGACCCAAACCAGGUUAGAAGACUCAGAAACAGAGAAGAACACGGUGGUGGAAGGAGGAGAAGUUCGGUUCAACGGCAAAGGAAAGAAGAUCCGCAAACCCAGAACCAUUUAUUCCAGUUUGCAACUGCAGGCUUUGAACAGGAGAUUUCAGCAAACCCAGUAUCUGGCGCUGCCCGAGCGGGCUGAGCUGGCGGCUUCACUGGGGCUCACGCAGACGCAGGUGAAGAUCUGGUUUCAGAACAAGCGCUCCAAGUUCAAGAAGCUGAUGAAGCAGGGCGGCGGCACGCUGGACGCCAGUGUUUUGGCUAACGGCAGGGGUCUGGCGGGCAGCUCCCCAUCGGUGCCCCCCGUCUGGAACACUUCGUCUUCUGGUAAAACCCCUACAGGGACUCCGGGGACGUACAUCCCCAGCUACACCUCGUGGUACCCUUCAGCACACCAAGAAGCUAUGCAGCAACCUCAACUGAUGUGAUCGGAAAUUCAGUCUCUCCCACCCUCACUGCCGGACCGUAACAAAGGGACGUCCGGCCAGCACUAGCCAGUAACGAACGCACUGCACCCACUAGUCCACGGCAGACGAGCACAGAUGCGAUGCGGAGCGCUUUUCCUCGGGCUGACAGCUGACAGACAGGUCGGCCUCCCACCACCUUUAGUGCCCCCAGUGAGCCUGGGAGCAGAGCCGGGCCUCGUGCGCAGGGGCACCCAGAAUGUCUUUACGCGUGUUUGUAGCGAAUCCUCUUUGCAAUGGUGAAGAGAAUGGGUGACAACGCAUAUCUCUAGCUGAAUCUUCACAUAUCUGGAGGCUUUCAAAGCUGCUGUACCUCAUUUCUGUGUUUUUUUUUAGCGCCUGUGUGCCUGUGUCCUUCCGCCAAGUCCGUCUGUCCGUCUGUGCACCUCAUGGGUGGAUCAGCCACGCAAAGUGUUUCCACUCGAUGUUUGUGUUUUCGUUUGAUUCCGUUUAGGGAGUCGAAUAAAAUGUCAUUUCCCGUUAAAGGGGGCAUCCCCGUGCCAAUUUGGUUUUAGGCAUCAGGCGGGAGGCUUUGGUUUACAGAAAUGAAAGACGUGCGUGGGAGGCUCAAAGUGUUAAAACUGUGGCGACCCCCUGAGUCCCGUAGUGAUUUGAGCGGGAUAGACACGCCUAGGUCACCAUUCGGUCUGAACUGCCUUUACAUGUAAAUGUCUUGUUUUAUUUAAUCUAUUUAUUAGCAUUAUUACUGUUAUAUUAAAAUGAAAAUUGUCCGCCGCUGGGAAAAGUACAAUCACAACCCAGCUAAACUCAUGACGUCUGACCCAUGUCUGCCUACGAACAGAACCCUCCGCCUCCCAAAAAUCCCCAAAAAGAAACGAAAUGAGGUGUCGCAGCUUUUAGACGAACGAAGCCUUUGAAACAAAAAAAAAAAUCUUCAUGCCAAGAAGUUGUGCGUCUGCCCACCCCGAGGUGCGGACCGACUGAUCUCUCCAUCCCAUACCAAGUCCAAUCUGAUGCAUCCUCAUUCAUUUUCUCGUUUGGUUUUGUUUUCUUUGUUUUUAUUUUACUAUUCUCAGUGUGUGCGCGUGUGUGUGUGCGUGUGUGUGUGUGUGUGUGUGUGUGCCUGUAUACACGAUGCAUUGUGAAAUGAGAUUUUAUCUGUGAAAUAUGGAAUGUGUUCAUGAAAUUUUUAAGUGUUUUGUUUUAUCUAUGUCAAAGUUUAGUUUUAUAAUGAAAAUGUUAAUUUAUUGCUUUAUAUUAUUCAGAAUUCUUGUAAAUACAGUGUAAAGUUUUAAUUUAUGAUUUUAAAAAAGGAGACCGACUGAAGUGAUAAGGUCCGUCUUUUUAAGUUACACGGGCGCCUACGACAAAAAGCUUUUUGUAUUAUAAAUGUUUUUUCUCUCUUUCUCUCUCUCUCUUUUAUAAGGGUGGGGCGGGGGUGAAGGCUGUGAACAAUUUAAAUUGUAAUUUGAAUUAAGUAUAAAAAUUUUAAAUUAAAAACAAAGCACAACUGAAA